AUGGCACUGCGAAGUUGUAGAAGCUUGAUAUUGGGCUUGAGAAGUUAUGGGAAGAAGCUGGUUGGCUUUAGGUAUGUUCCAUGUACCAGACGGUACAAGUCAUUUAAGGUUAUUAUAGAGGAACCGAGAAAGUAUGAGAAUCCCAUUUUGGAAAAAUAUUUUGAUGAAUUCAACGAGUAUCUAACGGAUCCUCGAGUUCCUGCCUUGCUUCGGGAUAAGUUGCUCAUCUCAAAAUUACAGGCACUUAUUGAACUGCCGUCUGAUCCCGAGAAAUUGGAUAUUGUUACAUAUGUCCUUAAUGAAUGGCGGAAGUUGAAGAAUUUUGGUGAUGAGGAAAAAAAGGGGGAGGAUACGAUCCCUUUAGAUUUGGCAAUAAAUGUGUUUGAGACAAUGUAUGAUCAAUUUGCUCAUAGCGAGUCCAGCGCUGCAUUUGACCACUUGGUGAAGCAACUAUUACGAAAUUUAAACAAGCUACCGAAUCGUACAUUGAUUUUAUUGAUCGAUUUAGUAUCCCAAAGAGGCAUUGAUAUAGAGAGCAUUUUGCUUAGUUUGAGAGAUAGGGUAGAUGAGCAGUUUGUGGUUGAUUAUCUUGACAUUUUGAAGAAAAUGAACAAGUUGAAUUUGCAAGUAUUUGAAACUUUGAUAAAUAUGCGAGUAGACGAUUGUUUGAUUACAAAUUUAAAUCGGUACAUUGAGGGUAUCUUUGAGAAUGACAUGCCCGAAGUUCACUGUUUUGAGAAUAUGGAAAAGAAUCUAGAUCGAAUACAGUUGUUACUUGUUGAUAUCAUAGCCAAGGCUGAUUUAGGAAAAGUAUCGAUCGAUUCCAUUUUAGUUUUGCUUAAACUCGUUAACGAACUAGCACAGGUAAAUUUUUGCGAGAAAACCAAGGAGAGCUUGCAAAGUUUAAUUGAUCAUUUGGAUUUGAGAAGCAGUGAAUUGGAGGCUAAGAUUCUUGAUGGAGCCAUUGAUGAAUCUUUACUUUAUAUACUUCUCUUCAAGAGCAAGGAGGAAAACGGCAGACUUUUUGCAAAGAUUAUUAGUUGUAUUGAUAAAACUAAUACUCGCAAUUCUCUCGAGCUAACCAUUGUGCUGAAACUAUUAAAUUCAACAGACUCUGCAACGUGUCAUGAACUGUUAUUGGAAGUGAUAAAAUUGGGAGAAGGCAAAACAAUUACUACUAGUAUAUUUGAGAGAAUUUCACCAAUUUUAGCCAAGUAUUUUUCUGAACUGGUACCAGCGAUUAAUAAAUACUGCCAAUCCCAAGGGAUUGAGCCGUCGGCUCAAGUGUUUAAGGGUUUAAUAGAUGAAGCAAUUUUUAGGAAAGACCACCUAGCUGCACUCAAGAUACUUGAAGAUUCAAAGGUAUAUGUCAAUUGGAUUGAGCAUGUCGGAGACCCAGCAGUUGCAAAAACUUUUAAUGACCUUAUCCAGUGCACUAUGUCCGAUCUAUCUAUAAAAGAAGCGUUCCCCAUUUUUAAAAAGAUAAGGGCUUAUUUACCUACAGAAAUCAACAUUGAUACUAUCAAUUGCAUGGUGGACAAAAUGCUAGAGUGUGACCUAGUUGGGGAUGUGAUUGAAACUUUAAAGCGAGAGCUUCCCAAAUUCAAAGAUGAAAAAAUCAGACUACCUAUUGAACAACCUUAUGGUUAUAAAUACCUCAACCUCUUUAAUAAGCUACACGACUAUGCCAUCACCAAUACUGCAGACCCUUCUGCUUAUAACAAUUGGCAUUUAUUCAUUAAUUUGUAUAAAUAUUUCCACAUUCCCCUGGAUAGGGUUUUACCAACAUUGAAAUUCUUUUGCCGAAAUAAAAGAUUCCACGGAGCAUUACUUAUAUUCAAUAAAAUGGUUCAUCAAUAUCAAUUGCACGGCAAACAUUCAUUUCAGCCUCCUUCUAAAGAGAUGUAUACUUAUCUACUAAACGAAUUCGGUGACAACCUAUAUGAAGAAGGAGUUAUUGAGAUUCACGAUUGGUUGAAAAUGGAUACAAAUAUUGCUCAACAAGGUCUCGAGUUGAAUAACGUGAUUAUGAAUGCCUACUGUAAUCUACAAGAUGUGGCAAAAGUACGUGAUUUGUUCUUGUCUGCCAGCGUGCAAGGGUUUCUUGAUGAAACUAGCGCUGUAACAAUGAUCAAAGCGUACACGUAUAAUGAUUUGCAAUAUGUAGAAAACUUUUGGAAUAACUUAUCUACUUUCGGGCUAAUCCCAGAUUAUAAAAUGUAUAGGCAAUAUUUGAUUGCUUACGCAUAUCAUGGGCAAACCGAGAAGGCAUUUGCUUUAUUGGAAGAGAUUGAUGACUAUGAUUUAUCAGUUAACGAGGACCUUUUGGUUUCGCUACAUAACUUUUGCUAUUUGGAAGACAAGCAAGCGGAAAUCAGAAAGGUUGCCCGUUCAAAGUACCCUCAAUUGUGGAGUAAUGUUGAACAAUCUAAAAUGUUGAUUGGCACAGAUGGGUAUAGACCACAUGAGCAUUUUUUGGUUGAUGGCUCAACAAAAGAAAAACCAAAAGCAAUAGACCAACCUGAGGAUUUGAAAUCUUGA